UCCCCCUUAUCCAAUACGCUCAAUCUCGCCAUGACCAGCAGUCAACUCGAAACCGCCCCACUACCGGCUGAUGACAUCACAAUCGCCGACGCGAUCAAGGCCAGCUGCGAGAAAUGUCUAGACAACUAUAGUAUCAGUAUCAACAAAACUGCCUGCGAACAGUUCUUCUUAAAUCUUGAUCGAAAAGACUAUGAGAAACGGGUCGAUGCCGAGCCGGCGAACUUGAAAUUCCCGUUGCAGUUUUCCAGUCAACUGGACGAGUUAAACGUGGUGGCAAUGGUCUGUCUUUUGGAGGGGUUUCACUCUUAUGAAGAUCUCCUCAAAGAGAAAACGGGUCGAGGAGUGUGGGAGACCAUGCGAUAUUUAGUAUUGGCAGCUUAUUUAAGCCCUGAAUCUCAAUCAACAUCAAUCCUAACCACACGAGGAAUGAUUGAAGCCACUCCUGAAUACAUCUCAACUACGCUUUCACUGCCAUUGCACAUCGAACGUCCCAUCGCUGAGAAUUCCCCAAUCAGCUUAGCAGAGCCCGAUCGGCCGGUCACUCGUUUCGUUGAAGAUCUUCUCAGCCUCCUACAUUCUACCGGGAAAAUCCUCCAGCAAUCCGGUUUACCCAACUUGGCCAGCUUCUUGGCUACUCGCUCAAACUUGAAUGAUGACGAAAUGAUUCGCCAGCUAGCUGCUGCAUUUUCUCCUUUCCGAGACAUGUAUACCAUCGACGGCAAAAAUGUUUACUUGAUGCAGAAAGUAUUAUUUUUGAUCCAUAAGAUUCAAAAUACACCAAUAUCAUUCCCAAAGCUCAAAUCACCGCGUCCAAUAUUAGCCGAUAACAUACUGCCAGUCUUCCUUGUUCAAGCGGGUCUUCUAGACAUUUCCAAAUCGACAGACAGUUCAUUACGAAACCUGAAUUUAUCCGAUUCACACUUGAAGAUUUCCUCUCGUUCGGCCACAAUACUCCGGGCAUCUAGCGUAGCCUGUUGCCAAUUUCUGAUCGAUCUAGUCCAAGGUCUCUCACAGACAAACAAGUCUCUGGAGUACGUCGAACAAGAUGGAUUGGUGCGCUAUUUGUCUAAUUUGAGCCGAGAAAGAAGUAGCUCUUGUGCAUUCAGAGAGGAAGAGACCGUGGUUUAUUAGAUCAAGAGUCGCUUGUCAAUUUUCGGAAUUGUGGAAACAAAUUUAUAUAGAGCUUGCUGCAAUACACUUAAGCCUCAACAACAACUCGAACGAGCUGGAAUGAUGAACAGGUACAAGACCCGCUU